UGUUGAGCACGGAAAAGCAUUUCAUGGAUUCUUUCAAAACGGUCGGGAAUUUUAUGAUGCCAGAGUAGCUGAUCAGCCAUUAUGAGUGAGAUGGGGUUUCCGAGGGUCCCCCCUGACCAGUCUUCCGGGAGUGGGCGCUCCUUUGGCACCCCACGGCAGGCCAGAAUCAUCGACCCCAUCCUAUCCAAGAGGGUCUGCUUCUACAAAAGUGGAGAUCCACAGUUCAAUGGCCUGCACAUGGUCAUCAACAACCGCACCUUUAAAACAUUUGAUGCGCUUCUGGACAGUCUCUCUAAAAAGGUUCCCUUACCGUUUGGGGUGAGGAACAUUACCACUCCCCGGGGGGUUCAUGCAGUCCAUAAUUUGGAUGAACUACAGGAUGGGAAAUCCUACAUCUGCUCUGAUAACCGUAAGGUAAAACCGAUCAACCUUGCACUGGCCAGGAAGAAGCCACCGCCAUGGUACAAUGCAAGGCCUGUGAGUUCACGCCGUCGGAUUGUCCAGCGGGCCAGGUCUUUCCCCGGGAAGAACUUCCAUAAGCAUGAACAAGUGUUUAUGCGCACCCCAAAGAAGCUACUGGUUUUCCGCAAUGGUGACCCCACUGUUAAACACACAGUGGUGCUUCACAAGAGGACUACACCAUCCUUCAAGUCCAUCCUGGAUUAUAUUUCAGAGCUGGUUCAGUACCAAGUGAAGAAAUUGCACACAGCUGAUGGAAGACGAGUGGAUGGUCUUCCAGGAUUGAUACUGUGCUCUGGGACUGUAGUGGCUGUAGGUAGGGAGCCAUUCAGGCAUGCUAACUACAAUGGACAGAAAUCACCAGGUCUAACAACAAUGCCUACCAAAAGAACGGGUCCAAGAAGACUAAGGUCUUUAAAACAGCAGGAGGUCAGCUCGGCAAAAUCAAACCCACUGGAAUUACAAAGCACUGCUGCCUCCACCGACACCUUCAACAAGGACAAACCUCAUGAUGACAAUGAUGAUAAUCCUCCAUCGCUGUGCAGUGGAGCUUUCAGUGAGAGUGGCAUAGAAGAGGAUGAUACCAAAGUACACAGGGAGGUGGUGUCCCCUAGGAGUGCUUUUACACCAGGGGGGAAGCGACUGAGGAAAAAGCAAGCAUCUGUGGAGAGUAUAACAUCUGUGGCGGCAGAGGGGAUUCAGGAAGAUAUGGUCGGCUCCUACUCCUACAGAGAGCAGACAGAAAAUGGGGCCACGACAGAGCAGUACUGCAUGGUCAAACAGAGUAGCAGCAGACCAGUGCCCAAACCUAGAAGACUUAGCUCUUUCGAUGCCAACAAUGUCAACAGCAGAAAUGUGUCCACAUUCAAAUCAGCAGGUCUGAUGUCUGAAAUCCUGCAGAUUGAAUCCAACGAAGAAGAGGUCCAGGAAUCCGUCCUACAUGUAUAUGAACAGCAGACCUACCAGGAACACUAUGUUGCAAACCAUAGUUCACAUGGCAUGUCUACUUCUGGGGUUCCUUUUUGCAGGCCAGCUACUUCAGAUACUGGACAGCUCUCCUCCAGUAAUGAGUUGGAACUCCAGAUCUUGGGGGCAUCGUCAGCUUCUGAGUCAAUAAGCAUGUUGAGAAAUGAGAGUCACUCCCAUCAACCGUUCACCUCCUCAGUCAUCACUAUCGUUCAGCUACGAUUCCAGUGGCGUCAUAACCUCAGAGCCUGA